UUCUUUGUUGCUUUGCAGAAGUUUUUUCUUUGUUGGAGAGAAAUGGCUCGUACCAAGCAAACAGCCCGUAAGUCCACCGGAGGCAAGGCCCCGAGGAAGCAGUUGGCGACCAAGGCCGCGAGGAAAAGCGCCCCGGCCACCGGUGGAGUGAAGAAACCUCACCGCUACCGUCCGGGAACCGUCGCCCUCCGUGAAAUCCGUCGCUACCAAAAGAGCACGGAGCUCCUCAUCCGCAAACUGCCCUUCCAGCGUCUCGUCCGUGAGAUCGCCCAGGACUUCAAGACCGACCUGCGUUUCCAGAGCUCGGCGGUGAUGGCCCUCCAGGAGGCGAGCGAGGCCUACCUCGUCGGCCUCUUCGAGGACACGAACCUCUGCGCCAUCCACGCCAAACGCGUAACCAUCAUGCCCAAGGACAUCCAGCUGGCACGUCGUAUCCGUGGCGAGCGCGCUUAAACGGUCCUGGCAUCCAUAAAUUUUAAUCCCCCAUUGCCCCGCAAAUUAUUCUGAAACACCACAAUUUGCCACCAACCCGAUAAUCGGCCCUUUUCAGGGCCAACACUUACUACAAACGUAUGCA